AGACCAUCCGUCAGUUGCGCUCUCUACUUCGAUGCAAUGCAACCAUUCCAAUACCCCCUCCCCAACAACGCCACCGUAGCCGGCAUCCACUCCAUCCCACCACCACCACCACCAGCCUCACCGAUCCCACACCGUCCCCUCCUCAUCGGUCUCCACGGCGGCUGCUACGACAGCCACUACUUCGACGCGACACCCAACCACUCCGCCUCGUUCCUGAGCACCACUCUCAGUGUUCCUUUCGUCUCCAUCGACCGGCCUUCCUACGGCGGAACCAGCUCCAUCCUCCCUAUCCCGGAGGACUCCAGUUUCGAAGAACAAACCGGCCACUGGCUCCAUCACUACAUCCUCCCGAAACUCUGGUCCGAAAUCGGCCUACCGAAUCAAUGCACCUGCAUCGUGCUCCUCUGUCAUAGCCUCGGCGUGAUGGGCGGGAUUGUGGCUGCCGCAUUACACGCACAGGACAAGACGAAAGCAUACCCUCUGGGAGGGUUAAUAGCAAGUGGCAUGGGCGAUACACAAUCCUCAUUCAUGAAAUCCACCAGACUUGAGUUCCAGCUCAUCGAUACCGAGCAUGUCGUAUUCCCUGUGGAAAGCAAAGAUACCGUGAUGUUCAAGCCAGGCACAGCCACCCCGGACGUAUUGGCGCAAGGUGAACGGUUGAAUGCCGUGAGUCCGGUGGCUGAGGUAGCGGGGUUUGCGGAUACGUGGUUGCCCAUCUGGAAGGAGAAGUGGGCUGCGCGGGUGGUAGUCCCGGUGAUGUUUUGUCUGGUGGCGGAGGAUCCGUUUUUUGUGGCGACGGAGGAGGAGGUUGAGGGGUGUGCGGGGGCGUUUAAGGGUAGUGCUCGCGUGGAUGCGAGCUUGGUGAGAGGGGCGCCGCAUUGUUUGGAGUUGAGUCUGUGGUCGCGGGGCUGGUAUGCGAGGUGUUUUGGGUUUGCGUUGGAGUGCGCUGCGAGCUUUGCGGGGUCUGGUUAAAUGUAUAGACGGGGAAUUUAGGCGCGGAUACGUGGGAAAAG